AUGAGGAUGAUUUGCGAGAAGAGGAGCCUGAGCUCGAUCGAGCUGAGGAUCGAGCUGAGGAUCAAGCUGAGAAUGAAUUUGGGUGAGCCUGAGUGCUACUAUUUUGAGGAGUAUGAGGCUCCAAGGAUGAACCCCUCUGUUGUGGCUGCCCACAAGAGGAUUGGACUUCUCCAAAAGUUCAACAAGUGGCAAGGGAAAGCCAAGAAGAUGCAAAAGUCCAUGGACAAGAUGGUGAGCAAGAUCAAGAAGUUUGGAGAAGAAGGUUUCUGGUUCUUCAAGCAAGAAGAAGAAGUCACCCAAGGCCCCACUUCCCUAGGAGUAGAUCACUCCUCACCACUCCAAGGAGGCUCCCUGCCCAAGAGCCUCACAGAGCCUCUUCUUUCGAGCCAAGGGAAGGAGAAGACAACUCACGCAGAGAAGGAGGAAGAGUUCCAAGGCCAGACGCUCCAGCUCGACCACCGGACUCGAUCGAGUCCAAACAGAGGAAACUCAACUCGAUCGAGCUGA